GUUACGACAGGUUAUGUGGCUUUUCAGGCAAGUUUCUCUAAAGAUGUGUUAUAGUUUUUGAUGAUUUGUAAAGAAUUUGUUUCUCGAGAAACUCUUUUUACAACAACAUUGUUUAAGAAAAAAAAGUUAGCGAACAUUGAUUCUUUGCAUAUUCGUAAAUAUAGUCAGCAAAUCUGGAUGAAACCAGGGAGAAGAUGAUCGCCGCCUCAGAACCGGUGGAAUAUACGCCAGGUGGCCGACAGAUAAUCUUAAGACAUCCUGGAUCAUUAAUUAGUCAGCAGUUAUCCAAUAAUCAAACACCUGCGAGAGAAAAUAUUCUACUAAAAAGAUUUAGUGAAGUAAAUAUAUCGGAAAAAUCUCCUAAAGAGACAUGGUCGGUACGUAGUAAUAAAAGAUGCGGAGAAGAAGAAUUAUAUUACUCUGGUAAAGUUGCCGUUCACUGCAAGGGCAGUCAAAAUACUCGAGUACUCAAAGCAACCUACACAUGUGAAACGGAUAUUAAGCAUGCACUAUGGUGUACAUUUCACACAAGUAUUCCAGAUCAUUUAACUAAAGGCAAGGAAUACGAGGCUGAAGGGUCCAUUCACAAAUCUUUAGAUUGUAUCUGUCUGCUUGAUUCGUAUACUCUUAAGGUUUUUACAGAAAGCGGCGAAGAUUAUGUUUCUACUUUACAAUUUCAGGUUUCCGCCGUUUGGCCCACAAAAUAUGGAAUUAUACUUGAAAAAUCUCAAGUGCCUGUUACAAAUUCAAGGUAUUUAUCAUUUGAAACCAGCAGAUUAGCAACUCAAAACGAUAAUUUACCUGUAGCUUUUUCAUUAAAGCAUCCGUUAGAUGAGAUUUGCCCUUUGCUUAUUAAACAUGGAUCUCUGUCGUACAUGAAUGAAUCAAGCCAGCAAAUUAUAUUCACCAGUUCGGAACCGUCCUUUGCAGUCGUAUACGAUACAAAAUCCAAUUUGCAUUCAGUUUACAAAAUUCGCAAAGCGUUAGCUGAAGAAUGCCAAUUAGUUUGUGGAAGUAACGACACGAGUUUACUUAAUCAUUCAAUUAUGUCAUCGUUAAAUGUUGCCAGCAAUUUAUCCAUCAAUAAAAGCUGCACCAACAAGGGACAUCUAAGUCCCUUUCUUCUUGGAAUUCCAAAUUUACAAAUGAGUAACAAUACUGGCAUGGGCCUAGGACUGACUAAUACUCCAUUCGGAUCUCGUACUACUUCUUAUAGUACUAAUUCUGGUGGACCAUCACCUUCUCAGCAGCAACAGCACUCACGUUCGCAAAGCUCGAUGGCUACAAUUUCUCGUUGCCAAUCGCCCACGCAUUCGGCAGUUUUGUCUCCUCUACUUGGAGCACCAACUAAUUUAAACAUCUAUCACAACAGAUUACAUCAGACAACCUCGAGUCAAAUCAAUCCAUUUGCUAGUUACAACAACAUUCAGUUGAAAGAUGCUGCGAUUGCGAGCAAACCUUUAUAUCCUGAGGUUUGUCUUGAACAUGUAUGGACAGAAAACCUCAGUGCAUCAAAAGAUAUUGUUUAUGGUCGUGCAUCAAAAGUUUUCUUAACUUCGGAUCUUGUUGGACAGAGUUAUUUGGGUUAUUUGGUUCCAAAUCGUUUGCAGCUGUUUCUAGUGAGAUUAGAAAAGACUAAUAAACAACAACAAAUCAUUUUUGGAAUGGUGACAGGUAUUGCAGCCAAGGAUGCUAUUAAUUUAUCAAACUUGAACAUGAUAGCAGUUGUAGAUUUGUCAAAUGGUAUAGCAUUAUACACUGGAGUUACAUAUGUGGGCAAAUUACAUAUAUCUAGCAUACUGUCGAAUCUCAUGAGCAAUAACUACUUUUUAUCAAGUAAUAAUGCUAAGCUUGCAUCCCCAUUUCCGAAACGAAGUUCUUUAAUUUAUCAAAACUGUGCGCCUUCGCAUGAAAUUAAAUUUGAAGAGAGUAUGCAUUUACUAAGUCCCGUAGGUGGUAAUUGCGCUCGUCCGCCGAUACUCUUAGAAAACUCCUUAUUAGAUACAAAUUUUCUUGCGUUGAAAGACUCUAUAGGCAAUGAGAUUACCGUGGAAUGUGGAAAGAAACAAUACUUUCGUUUAACAUUACCUGUAUCCAGCACAUCUCCUUUAGUUACUAAAUGUUUACAUACACUAAGAAGUGUACUUCAAAGGGAUUUAGCAAUGCAGUUAUUAGUUAAAUGGUACGGAGCUAGAAAUGCCCCUGGUCCACAAGAUUUCUCACCGGCGCAAGAGUGGGAUCUCUUUCUCGUGGUUCUGUUCACAUUAUUGGGAUACGAUGUGGAGAAGCUACAUUUAAUACAAAAUAACGAGAAGGAUCAGAGUAUGGAACGUAAUAGUCCUAUGGUGUUACCUAAAAAACAGAAGACCAACAAUUGCGGAUCUACGGACGAUUGGCUGUAUCUGUUGCAGUCAAGUGAACAUAAAAAUUCCCAGGCUUAUAUUUCGAACGUGCUGAGAAGUCAGAAAAUAUCCAGCUUCCCUUGCACGAUUCCGAAGAGUGCUACAGAAUCGAAUAGCAUCGGCAAAAUAAACACGCAAGCUGUUCUGUAUCCACAUCUUCCGCUCGUUUUAUUUUCUCUUCACCUCUUAUACGAGGAAUUGAAAUUAAACAGCGUUAUUUCCGGAAGUUUGCCAUUGCUCGGACAAUUGCUGUAUCAAUUAAGCAUAGAUUUGAAAUUCGAGAUGUACAUUCAUCAUUAUUUCCUUGAUUCUCCAUCGUUAUAUUAUUUAAAAACCGUAGAAUCUCAGAUUGGUGACUCGGAUCUACAGAAAAUAACAAUUCCAAAUUAUAUGUCUCGAAAACCAGCGAAUAUAUUUGAAACAAUAAACAACAUGCUGAAUGGAAUACAGAUAACUACAUUUCCAUAUUUAAGUCACGUUAAUCCAAGAACGAGAAAUAUAAUAUAUUUAACUGCACUUGUGGCGAACGAAGAUCGCGUUGAUGUAAUAGAAAUGGAAAAGUAUAUCAAAUUAAUUGUACCUGCCGGAAGUCGCAUCGACGUUCAAGAAAGUGGAAGCAAGUCUGACAAAGAGAUGUUGAAGAAAUUAGAAAGGCCUACAACAGAUAGAAUCAUAUUAUUGUAUCACGAGAUGGGUAUGACGAAAGAAGAUCUCGAGAUAUUGCCGCCUGUGAUAUCCCUGAUGAUAAAAGAUGUUAUGCAUAAAUGUCGAGAAUCUCCACCAUCAAAUUGGCCCACGCAUGCUUAUGAGCUCGUAGAUCGUCAAGAUUUAGCCGCAUUGGAUAAACAUUUGAAACCAUCAUCGAAAUUACAAUAUAUCGAUGGCGAAACAAAAGAUUAUGGGAUAAAGGAUGAACAAGAUGACGGCAUGGAGUUUGAUGAUACAAUAUUAAAAUUACGAUUUAGUAAGGAUCACAGAGUCGCUGAAGUGCGAAGAUUACUCAAUUCGUCAAAACCAGUAAGAAUUGCGAUAGUACAAAGAUCGAAUGUAAGCGAUCAUGAAUUUAUAGAGGAGCAGGAAAGGCAUCUUCAUACAUUAUGCACAAGAACAAUGGCACUACCUGUAGCUAGAGGCAUGUUUACAUUGAGAACUUCUACGCCGAUGAUAACAGAACAGUUGCCCAUUCCACAAUUGUGUUUAACAGGCAAGGCACCUCCCCGUGGAACCACCGUCGAAUUAACUCACAUAGAUGUUGUUCCAAACAUGAAUAUGUGGCCAUUAUUUCACAACGGCGUGGCCGCAGGUCUGUGUGUUCAUCCGGAUGCUGCAAACAUUGAUUCCACGUGGAUAGUAUAUAAUAGACAGCAGCUGGGUACAUGCACUCAACGCGGGGCAGAGCACUCGGGAUUUUUAAUGGCUCUCGGUUUAAAUGGACAUCUGAAAAAUCUGGCUCCUUUAAGUACAUACGAAUAUUUAGCCGAUUGUCACGAUGUUAUCAGCGUUGGACUCUUGUUGGGCUUGUCGGCGACGCAUCGCGGCACCAUGAACGUAUCUAUGACUAAGUUAUUAUCGUUGCACGUGGAAACGCUUCUGCCACCGACGAGUAUCGAAUUAAAUGUACAACAGAACGUCCAAAUAGCGGCAUUAAUGGGCGUUGGUCUUGUGUAUCAAGGAACUGCUCACAGACAUAUUUCACAUGCUUUACUAUCCGAAAUCGGUAGACCUCCAGGGCCUGAAAUGAAGAACUGUGUAAAUCGUGAAUCAUAUUCCUUAACAGCAGGACUGGCAUUAGGCUUGGUCAUACUUGGUUCUGGUGGUGGAGCAGAUGUGCCUGCAAGCAUCCCUGAUACUUUGCACUAUUACAUGGUCGGUGGACACUCAAGACCAUUCUCUGGAGCACAAAAAGAUAAAUACAAGUCCCCUAGUUAUCAAAUACGGGAGGGUGACUCGAUAAAUAUCGAUGUAACAAGCCCGGGAGCAACGAUAGCUUUAGGAUUAAUGUACUUCAAUACUGGAAAUCGUGCGGUAGCCGAGUGGAUGCAACCUCCCGAUACGCAGUAUUUAUUAGAAUUUGUAAGGCCAGAUUUUUUGAUGCUACGAGUACUCGCCAAGUCGCUAAUUUUAUGGGAGGAUAUCGAACCAACGAAAGCGUGGAUUUCUAGUCAUGUGCCUCAUAUCGUUUAUAAAUACAGAUUGCAAAAACCUACGCCAGAAGUUACACAGAAUGUGGAUUUGGAAACUAUCAAUCAGGCUUACUGCAACAUUAUAGCUGGUGCUUGCAUGGCAUUGGGAUUGAGAUAUGCAGGCACUGCUAAUAAAAAUGCUUUCAAGACUUUGUACAAUUACGCUCAGAUGUUUAUGGCAUUGUCGCAUAAAACUAUAGCCGAAUUGGCUGGCAAAUCAACUGUUGAAACAUGUCUAAAUGUUGUUCUGCUUUCUACCGCAGUGGUAAUGGCAGGCACUGGUGACUUAGAUAUUAUGAGAAUAUGCAGACACGUACGGACUCGUAUAGGACCUGCCAGUGGCGUUGUCACUUAUGGAUCUCAUUUGGCAACGCAUAUGGCCCUCGGUCUUCUUUUUCUGGGUGGUGGAAAGUACACUCUUUCGAAUAGUCCAAAUGCAGUGGCGGUUCUUAUAAUUUCACUCUUUCCAAAAUUUCCAACUCAUAGCAAUGACAACAGAUAUCAUUUACAAGCGUUGCGUCACUUGUAUGUAUUAGCAGCUGAACCACGCAUUAUUUUACCACGAGACAUAGAUACUGGUCAGUAUUGCUAUGCGACGAUACAUUUAACAUUCGAGACUGAUAGAGAAGCUGAAGGGCAAGAGAUAAGUCUGCAAGCACCCUGUUUAUUACCGCAAUUAUGUAGUUUAAAAAGAAUUGAAUUGAAAGAUACGAGAUACUGGACAAUUACGUUUGAGAAACACCACAAUUGGCAACAAUUAAAAAAUAUGCUGGAAAGACACGAUUUUUUAAGUAUCAAGCAAAGAGCUGGCUGUUUAUCGUACAUGGAAGAUCCUCACGGAUUUAGAAGCUUGGUGGCUCAAACUCUAACGACGGAAAAUGCAAUUGCGUGGGCUGCUCGGCCAGAGUACGUUACAUCGUUUACAAAUAAUAAGACUGUGCUGAAUAUAAUAAAAUAUUUUUUACAAUGGUCCAAACGAGAAACCACUCCUUCCGAAAACAUCAAGUAUUCGUUACAAAAUGCUGCUCAAUGGAAAAUGCCAGAAUUCGAACGACAGUUUCUUCAUAUAUUUGCGAUAAUUAUAUACGAAUGCAUUACGAAAGACAAAGUAAAUCUUAUACCAUUAUGGUUACGUAUAAUUCAGAGUGUGAAAAUUAUCGAGGAACAACCAAAUAGCUUUUCAAUAUGGCAAAUAAAGCUUCUGUCGACAGAAUUGUCGAGAAGAAUUAACUCUGCAGACGAUGCAAAUCUAUUAUUCAGCUUGGAAAGCAUGCUAGCAAUUAAACAGAAAACGACAGUUAUUCUUAACAAAUGGGAGCAUGACAUGAAAUCUUUAUUUAAACAAUAUCUUACGAAAAAUGGAAUGGUACAAGCUGACACUAAAUCUGUAGCUAAAAUGUGCACUUAUUUUAUAUUCUAUGGUAUACCAUAUCCAAUCGAUGAUAAAGCAAUCUCAAAUUGGAUGUUAACGACGCAACGCUCCUCUGAUAUAUCAAAUAUUACAUUGUACAAAUUGUAUAAAAUUUUACAAUCAAGUAAGUAAGUGAAAUCUGUACACUGUAAGUAUCAUUAAACCAUCUGUAAUAAACAAAUCUUAUUACUCUUCUUUUUGUA